CUGAAUUACAGAUUGCUGAAGCCAUUGCUCUUGUAGACACCCUUCAGAACUGGACAGUUUUAGAUAAAAUAAUUAUUCCUACAAAAAAUCCUGACAAGAAGUUUAUUUUUGGCAAAGGAAACUUUCAGGUUUUGACAGAAAAGAUUAAAAAAUUGCCCCAUGUGACAGCUGUCUUCUUGAAUGUGGAAAGAAUAUCUUCACUAACAAAGAAAGAACUAGAAGAUGCCUGGGGCGUGAAAGUCUUUGACAGAUACACAGUUGUACUUCACAUUUUUCGUUGUAAUGCCCGGACCAAAGAAGCAAAACUUCAGAUAGCAUUGGCUGAAAUUCCACUUCUCAGGUCAAAUCUGAAAAAUGAGGUGUCUUGGCUAGAUCAGCAGAGAGGCGGAUCAAGGUACAUCAUGGGCUCAGGUGAAACAUUCAUGGAGACACAGCAUCGUAUCUUGAAAGAAAAAGAACUUAAAAUUAGGAGUGCCCUGGAGAAACUAAGAAAAAAAAGGUCUUUACUUAGAACUCAGCGCAGAAAACGCGAGUUUCCGAUUAUCUCAGUAAUGGGCUAUACUAACUGUGGAAAGACUACCUUGAUCAAAGCCUUGAGUGGGGAAGCAGGUCUUCAACCCAGAGAUCAGCUGUUUGCCACUCUUGAUAUUACAGCGCAUGCUGGCUAUCUGCCCUCACAUAUGGCAGUUAUUUAUGUUGACACUAUUGGGUUUCUGACUGAUCUUCCACAUAGUCUGGUUGAGUCCUUUUCAGCUACAUUAGAAGAAGUGGCUUACUCGGAUCUGAUAGUUCAUGUGAGGGAUGUUACUCAUCCAGAAACAAUCCUCCAGAAAGCAACAGUUCUGUCAGUUCUGAAGAAUCUUAAUCUUCCCAGCCAUUUAUUGGACUCGAUGGUAGAAGUUCAUAACAAAGUGGAUUUGAUAGAAAGAUAUAAACCCACUGAAGAAAAUGCUUUAGCCAUUUCUGCUCUACAUGGACAUGGUUUAGAAGAGUUGAAGGAAGAAAUAGAGAAAAAAAUUUUGACAGCAACAGGGAAGAAGAUUCUGACAGUUAAUGUCAACUUAGAGGGACCUCAGCUAAGUUGGCUCUAUAAAGAAGCAACAGUUCAGGAAGUAGAAGUCAUGCCUGAGGACAGCACAGCCAGGGUGAAGGUGAUCAUCGGCGAUGCUGCUUUUGGCAGAUACAAAAACCUCUUUCCUAACAGUAAGAUUUUUAUGCCAUGAAACCGCAUCUUUUUCUAGGAAAAGAAACUGAUCUCAUUAAGAGGAUGUGAAAUGAAGUUAAUGACCUAUUAGCCUGGGUGUUGAAGAGUUAUGUUUUUGGCACAUUUUAGAAAUGGAC